AUGAAUUCAGAUGGAUUCGUGAGCUUAAUGUACGAAAAAGAUGAUUCUUAUUAAUUUUAACCUACUGAAAAUUAAUUUAAAAUAAAUAAUGACGACGAUUUUUAUAGAUAGUUAAGUUAAGACUUUUACGGUCAAUAAAACAAAUACUAUUUUAAAAACAACAAAAAACAAAUAAAAACAAUUGAUUCCCUAAAAUUUAAGUCAAAACUUCCUUUCUAGACAAGUGAAACAAAAAAAUCACAAUACUCCUUUACCAACUAAUAAUAAUCAUAAUAAAUAAUACAAUAAGUAAAAUAAAUAUUUAUAAUUCCUUUAGAAGAUCUAUAAAUUAUUUACUAAAAAAACUCCAAUUCAAUAGACUUAACAAAAAUAACUUGAUAGGUCUCUUUAAAAAACUAGAAAUUUUAAUGAUAUCAGUCAUUAAUUUACUUUUAAACUUGAUAUUUCAAACUCUUAAAAAAACUUACAUAAACCAUCACCUAAAAACAGCUACAGAUUUAAGUUAAUAGAUGAAGAUUAUUAAGGAUUUUAAUAACAACAUACACAUCGAAAUACUUUAAAUAGUUGUGAUAAAAGUAUGAAAAAAUAAGAUAAAACAUCUGACAUCUAUUAUCCAUUAAAACUAAAUGUUUAUAAAGGUUAAGAAGUAGGAAAUCUGUUUCAGUUAUCAUUUAGAAGUAAAUAAUGA